AUGCCUGAUUGGGAAGUUUUCGUUAUUGUCUCUCCUGAUUAUACUCCUUUAAUUUUCACUCAAGAGGAUCCUUAUGUUUGUGUAUUUAAUACUGGGGAGGUAUCUCCGACGAUUCCCGCCGGAGAGCUUCGGUUUCCAGCUCGCAAUUUAUUCAAGUGCGAGUUUCCCAGGAGAGCACGUCGGAGAUUGCCGUUUAAACAACCCAUGCUGAUGAAAUCUUCCCAAAAGAAGAAUAAUGUAACGCCGUUUAAACAGCCGGAGCUGUUACGUUGGACGUUUCUUGUUUAUGACUCUCUAACGACGGACGACGACGUCGUUUUGUUCGUUAAAGGGUUGAAUAAUCGCCAAGGAAUUAACCGUGAACCCAACGAAUUUAACUGUAUUUUCGGUCGUGGCAAUAAUGUAAUUAGAACCAACGUGACGAGUUCCAUGCAAGAAGUUUUCCGUUGUAAACGGCCAGACCCAAAUGUUUUGUCCUUUGAAGAGAGAAUUACUGUCUCCCUUGAGAUUGUACGUCCUAUUCCAGUGGUGGUACCUUCCGUGGCUUAUUACACCCCGCCACGAAAGCUAGAAAAUAAUGAGAAGACAGCCAGAGCUCGACUUUGUGCAUGUACCAUGGUGUACAACGUUGGCAAGUUUUUGAAAGAAUGGGUUUUAUAUCAUUCAAGAAUCGGGGUUGAAAAAUUCUCAUUAUACGAUAAUGGUAGUGAUGACGAUUUACCAAAAGUUGUUGAUGAGCUUGUUCAAGAAGGCUAUGAUGUGAAAACAUAUUUUUGGCUUUGGCCUAAAACUCAAGAAGCUGGUUUUUCUCAUAGUGCCAUUUAUGCUAAGGACUCUUGUUCUUGGAUGAUGUACAUUGAUGUGGAUGAAUUUGUGUAUUCUCAACUAUGGUCUAAUUUAUCCCGACCAUUAAAAUCAUUGUUACCUUCUUUGUUACCAAAUCCGAGAAAUUUACAAGAGCCAAUUUCAGAUAAGAAACAGGUCGCAGAAAUUAGCAUCCCCUGUUAUGAAUUUGGACCGUCGAACAAGAGGUCUCAUCCGAUAAUGGGAGUAACACAAGGAUACAAUUGUAGAAGAAAAAUGGAGAAUAGACACAAGUCUAUAGUAUUUUUGGAUGCAGUUGAUCACUCUUUGCUUAAUGUUAUUCAUCAUUUCAUAUUAAAGCAAGGGUACAAGGGAAAGAAAAUGAAUGUACAUGAUAUGGUAGUGAAUCAUUAUAAGUUCCAAGCUUGGCCUGAAUUUAAGGCUAAGUUUAGAAGAAGGGUGUCAGCUUAUGUUAUUGAUUGGACACAAGAAUUAAAUCCACAUUCGAAUGAUCGAACUCCAGGAUUAGGAUUUAGUCCUGUUGAACCCAAAAGUUGGCCACAAAAGUUUUGCGAGGUAUAUGAUAAUGGUUUGAAAGAUUUGACAUGGAGAUGGUUUGCAAUCAAGUCUCCAACUCCAUCACGUUACCGUAUGGCAUGGCAAAGAUGA